AUGAGGAGAGGAGACGCUGGAGGUGGAUCUGAGGAUCUGAGGGGGAGAAACGACUGGGCUGUGGAGAAGGGGCCGGCGUUUAGGGCAGAGGCGUUUAGGGCAGAGGCGUUUACGGCAGAGGCGUUUAGGUCAGAGGCGUUUAGGGCAGAGGCGUUUACGGCAGAGGCGUUUAGGUCAGAGGCGUUUAGGGCAGAGGCGUUUAGGUCAGAGGCGUUUAGGGCAGAGGCGUUUAGGGCAGAGGCGUUUAGGUCAGAGGCGUUUAGGGCAGAGGCGUUUAGGGCAGAGGCGUUUAGGGCAGAGGCGUUUAGGGCAGAGGCGUUUAGGUCAGAGGCGUUUAGGGCAGAGGCGUUUAGGGCAGAGGCGUUUAGGUCAGAGGCGUUUAGGGCAGAGGCGUUUAGGGCAGAGGCGUUUAGGGCAGAGGCGUUUAGGGCAGAGGCGUUUAGGUCAGAGGCGUUUAGGGCAGAGGCGUUUAGGGCAGAGGCGUUUAGGGCAGAGGCGUUUAGGGCAGAGGCGUUUAGGUCAGAGGCGUUUAGGUCAGAGGCGUUUAGGGCAGAGGCGUUUAGGUCAGAGGCGUUUAGGUCAGAGGCGUUUAGGGCAGAGGCGUUUAGGUCAGAGGCGUUUAGGGCAGAGGCGUUUAGGCAGAGGCGUUUAGGGCAGAGGCGUUUAGGGCAGAGGCGUUUAGGUCAGAGGCGUUUAGGCAGAGGCGUUUAG